CCGUAAUGUAAAAUCUGGCCAAUAAGCUUUCAGGAUACUGCAGCGUUAAAAUGACCUUUAUUGGAGUAUUUUGACCAGCAGUCGCUGUGGCGGCGACUCGAGCCGCUGUCCAAUUUAUGUCUUCUUCACAUAAGAGUCGACUUGGCUUGUAUUGCAUGAUUUAAUUGAGUGGGAACGGAAAACUGUUCAAAAUGGGAGGAAACGGGAGCACGGCGAGGAAAGUGUCAUUCGGACUGGACGAAGACGAGAAGGUCACAGUAAUUGAAGGCGUAAAGCUCUCAGAGGAUGUGCUCCGCAGGAUGAGGGAGUCUCGGGGGUCUGACAGCAACAAGCCACCAAAGUCCUUGCCGGACAGUCACAAACCUCCACCACCAAGUGCAAAACCAUCAGGACCAUCUUCUAAAGAAAUUCAAGAGGAAAUGCGGAAAAACUUUGAACGUCAACAGGCCAUGGUGAAGGAGGAGCUGGCCAAACUGGCCCAGAGGGAGAACGAGAAUGCAGCAAUCACUGGCCUGGAUGAGCUGACCUCUGCCCUCAUCAUAGAGAAAGGAAAAUCCCUCGAAGAGCACGAAAAGUCCAAGAUACUGCCUGCAGAUUUGGAUGCCUGGGCCCGAAAACUGGAGAUGAAAGAAAGGGAGCUUGCUACUAUAUCCAGCUUCUAUAAGGAGCAAUUGGAAAUACUGGAGAAAAAGAGUUUUGAAAACUACAAGGAGACGGCUGAACAGUACAACCAGGCAGCUACUAAAGCUGAGGCUCGAAUUCGACCCCAACAUACUGCAUAUCUGUGCACUGAGCUGCAGGCCAAGGUGCUCCAGUGCUACAAGGAAAAUCCACAGGAGACUCUCCACUGCUCCAGCCUGGCCAAACAAUACAUGACCUGUGUCCAUCAAGCAAAGAAGUGCCAGCAGCAUCUUAAGUACCUCUCAAGACUACAUUCAGCGUAGACCUCCAUUGCUAGGGAAAAGAACAGGAUGGCUCUAGCGCUGGCAGACUACUUCCCUCUGCUUCUUCCUCGUAUUUCAGCUGCAGGUAAUUCUGGCAAGAAGAAAAUCUCUUUCAGACAUGUUCAGGUCGCAAUGAUGAAGUUGUCUGUUUUUUUUGUGUGUGCGUGUGUUUUUCAGCUAAAAACACCAACAACAAAAAAGAUAAGAACGUGGAUGAGUCUUUGAGAUGAAAGAGAAAGGUGCCCGUCACCAGGGGAAUGGAUGGAGACUGAUGAAAGAAAAGAAGCUGGUAGAGGAAGAGGCUUCCACAUGGUUGUCAGUGAGAAAGGGUUCAUUGAAAACUGUAAGAGAGUGAUACAGAAGGAAAGAAUGGAUGAUAGGAAAAAUGUAGGUAGGAUGACUCUGUCAGUGGGAGGGAUGGAAGGGAAUGACAGUGGGUUGAAGUAGGGAAAAGGAAAAGAGGAGGAAGCUGUGUCAGUCACUAUUGUGAGAGUGAGGAAAAAGCAUAAGGAUGGUAAAAUUAAAAGCACAUAAGGAAAUAGUAGUGUGGUGUGUGUAUGCGCACGCGUGUUUGUUUUUGUCUUUUUUUGUUUUUUGCAUGACUAUCAGUAGUAGCAGGUGGUGAACCCCACUGUGAGCCUUGGCCUGCCUGCUAACUCUAAUCUGAUAACGCAGCCACUCUUCAGCAGCAGUUUGCUCCAGCACACACACACACACGCACACACACUUUUAUAUGUGCACUCAUGCAGACACACUUGUAUAUAGACCCAGUCAGUUCUUUAUACUGUAUUAUCCCUGUUAUUAAUAUCAUUUUUAUAGAGUCCUAGUUUUGCUCUUAUAGUGAUUAGAACUCCUGUUUGCUUGUGAGAACACAUUCAUGUAAUUUUGUGUGUGUGUGUGUGUGUGUGUGUGUGUGUGUGUGUGUGUGUCUCACAUUCUCAUACACACAUAAGCACAUAUUUCUGUCUUUUUAUGACUCUCUCUCUCUCUUUCACCCUUUUACCUCCUUCCAUUCCAUCUCUCCUUCACAUCCAUCAUCUCCAAGGCGACCGCCCCAUGAACGCACAGGCCACAUAAAGAUUAGCUGGUCUCUCUCGUGUCCCUCCCCUAUAUCCCCUCCACUCCCACCUACCCAGCCCACCAUGUGCCUGUCUCUCAAGCCUAUAGAAACACUCCAUCAGCAUCCAGCUAAACAUGUCUUCCAUGCUGCUACACUCCACGGACCGCAAUCACUAACAUGCCAUCGAUCCUUGCCCCCCCCUGCCCCUUUGCCAGGUUUCAGCUGCCACGUGUCUUAUUUCAUUUGGCUAAAAAUAACGUGUCGGUGUAAAUUGUGACAAAAGAGACUUGCUAUGUGAGGACUGAGGAGCUCUUUAAUUUCAGAGUGUGACUACCAUUAUCAACUUAAAUAAUCCUCUAUUUAAUGUUUGCAGUCAUUAAUCAGAAUCAAAAAUACUGGAUAAAAAAAUGCUGUUCCAAAGGAAUGUUGACAUGUUUGGUUUAGGAACUAUUUUUCUGCGUAACAGUGAAAAAGAAAUCAUCAAAUUAAUUCAAAGUGUCAGGGAGUUUUUUUUUCUUUAACAACUAUAAACCAAAAGAAAGAUUGAGAGAGAACCUUUUAGUGAUUUUGUACUCGCCCCGUGAAGUUCACCUUGAAACUUUGAUUAUUUGCUAAGAGUGAAAAUCUGUGAAGCUUUCAGUGAUCAUGAUGCAGAACUGAUCAAAGUUCAUCAUUUACCGACAGUAUCAUAGUUAUGAUAUUGGUGUCUUAUCAAUGCCUCUCAAGGCUUUUAUUUAUGAAGCACCCUGAUUGGAUUUAGGACUCUUUUGCUUGGCUGCCAGCUUAAAGUGUGCCACAUUUGCCUCACUGGUUAAUAUAACCCACAACAGAAACUCUAAAACUGGACACACGACUCCAAAGGAGUCACACGGUUGUGUAAGUAAGCAUUAUUUGAUAACCAGUGUGCUGCCAUAUCAUUUUAAAGGGCAUAACGUAAGGAUUGUUUUUGCAACUUGUUUCCGGUGCAGCCCCGCCCACCACCAACAAAAUAAUGUAAUGUUCUUGCACAUGUAACCAACCAGCUGACUAACUGCACUGGAGGCUUCCUGGACUGACUAAUGGAGUGUCUGGUUGUCGUACUGACUGGGUAAUGAGUGAAUCGCUGUGUGUUUAUAAAGCAGUCAUAGCCACGUCCACUGUGAGUAUCUGAUUGACAGUUCUGCCUGGCAACUGUCUCCGUCCCUCCUGAGAGAGGGAGAGAACUGAGUGCUGUUAGCACUGAGCAGAGGAGACAGUUAUUGAUUUUCUGCUUGUCUAUUAUUUUUGUUUUUCGCAGAGAAGAAACAAGUGAGCGAGGCGCGUGAGUGAGUGAGGCUCCUCUUCUGUGUGCUGCAGAUGCUUACACGUGUGUCCACCGUCUCCAUGUUGCCUAUUAGCUUAAAACUGUGGAAGUGUGAACAUGCGCACGGUGUGCACGGUGUUGCUUCUGUGCCUUUUUGACGUUCAAAGUUGAUUCCCAGCCAACAAACGCAACGAUGUACUCCUCAAACUGCUCGCUAAUUGGACAGAAACUGGCAGGUGGAAGAAAACAUGCGUUUGUGUGACUGUAUGUUGUCUCUGUCUUUGUGUGAAUCCAUGUUUUUGUGAAUAUUAAAUCUAAUUAUGACAGACAGAUAUACAGUGAUGAUAAAGUCAACUUUAAACUUUCAGUGCAAACCACAGCUCAACCUCCAGAUGUGAAGCUGUGGUUUUCCAAUCUGGCACAGAUUCUUGUGGAAUCCAUCCAUAAGGCAACAUUAAAACCUUUGUAAAGGGUAGGAUUUCUUUUCCAGUAUAGCUGCAUUAGAAUACAUUAGCUCAGUGUACCUAAUAAACCGGCAGCUGGUGUAUGUCUAAAACUCAACACAGACCUUGAGCUAGAAUAUUUGACUGCCCUUGCUGCCCACAGUUUUGUGCAUGAAAAGCUUUUCCUGUCUUUAAAUUAUCCAAGUGAGGAUGGCGGCAGUCCAAAUUUAGACCUGGGGCACCAAAUUGAACUGUGUGUACUGUGGGGGGUGCCAGGGGUCAGUUUGAAAUUCAGGAACUACUUCAUACACUAUGCAUUAGGCAUAAUGUUCCGUCACACUGCUGUGUAAGAGUGUGGCAACACCAACACCCGUCUCGCCACGCGCGCACACGCACACCGGUGUAUGCAUCAACUCCUGCUCGCAUAAACAGCCACUUUCACACAAAUAGUGAGUUUUUACGCACACAUGCAGACACACACUGUCCCCCUUUAUAUCUCAGAACGUGAGUGGAACAGUAAAGCUAAAUCCCCUUGUCACAUUUGCUGCUCAUCUCCAAUUCAAAGGCACAGGCUGCGAUGCCCUCGGAUGCACUUGGCAAGUGAACAGCUAACCUGCCCGCCAGCAUAUCUGCCUGCCAGCCGAGCACAGGGGUAGUUAGCAUGCCAACUAGCACACCCAGCAGCGUCAAGCUAAUGCUUCACUAACCCUGUGUUGCCCCGCGUCUCUUCCUGCAACUGUGUGUUUGGAUGUGUAUUUACACUAGAGGAGUUCAGUGUAACCCCACAGUAAAUUGGCUUUCCGAAACAAAAUUAGCUACAAGUGUAACUCCGUGUAAACAUAUAAAGACAGUACUUAAUAAUCUUAUUUCAAGAGACUGCCAGGUCACUUGGAAAGUAUUUUGAUACAGAGUAAAUCUCCAAGGCUGCUAUUUUUCAUCCCCCCAUUUAAUCUUUGCGCUGCUUGGUUCCAAAAUGAGGUGUCCUCUAAAUUAUUAAACCAUGAGACUGGUUCUUACUUGGCAACUAUUAAGUACAGUAGCUGUGCUAAUAUCACAAUAUAUUGUUCUGCUUUUAGACGAUAAUUCUUCUUGGGGUGGGAUAAACGCCACCAUCUGGUACUAAAAGUAAGAAACCGAU